GGCAUUGAUGUUAACGAAUGGAAUCCAUCGAGCGAUAAACAUUUAGAAGCCCAUUAUUCUGCUGAUGAUCUUUCUGGAAAGGUUCAAAAUAAGAUUGCUUUGCAGAAGGAAUUAGGUCUUCCUGUGAGACCUGAAUGUCCCCUGAUUGGAUUCAUAGGGAGAUUAGACUACCAAAAGGGCGUUGACCUUAUUCGUUGGGGAAUUCCUGAACUUCUGAAUGAUGAUGUUCAAUUCGUAAGUGAGUUCGUUAUGCUUGGGUCUGGAGCUAAAAUGUAUGAAGACUGGAUGAGAGAAGCAGAGGCAGCUCAUAAAGACAAAUUCCGGGGUUGGGUUGGAUUCAAUGUUCCGAUUUCCCACAGAAUAACUGCAGGUUGCGACAUACUGCUGAUGCCCUCGAGAUUUGAACCCUGCGGACUAAAUCAGUUGUAUGCAAUGAGAUAUGGAACUAUUCCAGUUGUUCAUGGCACCGGAGGACUUCGAGACACUGUGCAGACUUUCGAUCCAUAUGCUAACGACGGUCAAGGUGAUGGCACAGGGUGGACAUUUUCUCCAUUAGCAGUAGACAGCAUGUUAUGGGCAUUGAGAACUGCGAUAUCAACAUACAGAGAUCACAAAGAGUCGUGGGAAGGUAUGAUGAAGAGAGGCAUGGAGAAGGACUACUCAUGGGAGAAUGCUGCUGUCCAGUACGAGCAGGUCUUCGAAUGGGCCUUCAUCGAUCCCCCUUACUGUUAG